AGUUCCCGCCAAUAAUGUUGGCGCGUUUUCACAUUCAGCAAUAUCCUUAUAUUUCACUAAUUUACCCGGGAAAUUUCAGUCCCUCAUCGUUCUCCUCAACUUUCUUCUGUCACUCUCGAACCAGCGAUUCAGAAUCAGUAUUUGGAAGACUGGUGGCAUCUUGGAGAUAUAGUCAGGGUAGAGUUACUACACCUUGAUAAGCAUUUGCAUUUCCACCAAUAGUUCAUGAACUCGAGCCAAACCUGUUAGACAAUGGAGCGAAGGAGUGGCAACUACUUGCAUAAUAUCCAGGUUGUGAGAAGAGGUUUGAUAGUAAAGGUCCAUAAUGUAGAUUCUCAUGGAAAGCCUGAUCUGACGAUCAAGAAGUUAAAAGACAUCUGUGAUACUGAAAAUGCUAGACUCGGGGGUUCACAUGUUAAGUGUGAAAGUGAAUGUUUUCCAGUAGUAGACAGAACAUUAAAGACAAUAGAACCUGAAAAUAACAAAUUUGGUUGCCUUGCUGAUGAUGAGGUGAGCAGUCAGUCAGCUGAUUAUAAUUCUGGAGAAAUAACACUGAAACAACUAAAGGAGAGCUGCAAGUCCAAGAAAAGGAAAUUUGCUACUCCAAGUCCUAUUUCUACAAGUCCAAAGCAGGCUGACAGAUGUUAUCAGCCAGAAGAAGAUGACGAUCUAAAAGUACCCCUUAGUCAUUUGAAGCUGGGAAUUUCCAAGAAAGCAAAUCGUAAAAGAAGGUGCACCAACAGAAAUCUCUUCGCAUCCCCAAACAAACCUGUAUCAAUUGAAGUUGAAGUGGUCCUGGAGCCUGAAGUUUCUCCACAGCUCAGAACUGAUUUACCUGAAGUGCCAGAGCCCAUAGCUGAGACUUCAGAAUCUGAGUUUUCAAUGUCCCGCUCAGAUUCUUCCAAUUGCCCCUCUAAUAUCUGGAUGGAUAGCAAACCUAAUUCUGAUGCAACUACGUGUAGUGAAUUAUCAGACGUAGUUGACUCCGAGGAAAAGAUACCUGUUUCAUUUGCAGAAGAGCAGAAACUCUGUACUCUUAAUCAGAUUUCCAAUGAUCAGUUCGAACAUGUGGAUCCUAAAUAUAUUUACUCAGCUAGUGAAGCGCUAGCAGAGGUAAAUAAUCAGGAGGACAGAUGUUAUACAGAAAACAGUCAAAAAGAGUUGUUUGCUCCAUCAAGAUCUACAGAAAUAGUAGCAACAGCAAACGAUCAGAGUUUAGGCAUGUAUGACUGCCUCAGGAAUUGUUCUGAUAUGGAUAAGAGUUCCGGUCAGAGUACCAACAAUGUUGGGAUUCACAUUCCUGAGGCAAUGAUACCUAAUGGCACUGACAGUGCUGGUCUUCAUUAUGCAGAUGAUGUUUGCAUGUCUGGAGAUGGAGAUAAGGAAGUUUUGCUCUCAAAUCAGGAAUUUUGUUCAGUCGAUGACCCCGUUGAUAAGUGUAUCUUAUCGUGUAAUUUGCAAACUUGCUCGGGCAGCGACAAUAGUUUGCCAUUCGUAGACGACAUAAAUGACAAGGAGCAGCUAACAGAGUGCUGCCUUACAGGAAAUUGCUUGGAUGAUGAAAAUCAGCCUCUGAAAUCUUCAAGUAUUUGUGAGGAAAAAGAUUUGACGUUAACCAGUCAAUCUCAGAAUGCUUUGGAUCAGAUCUCAGCGUCCGAGCUGUCACAGCCUCCUGAGAGACUUCUAUCAACACGAAAGGCUAUUUCUCCGUGCUCUCAAGAGCGACUUUGUCUGGCUAUGAACUCCAUAGAAUUAAUCGAUGACCUGGAGAACUAUAAAUGUAAAGAGAAGCUCACUUUUGGGAAUGAGAAUUCUGAAGGAUCACGCCUUGCUGAUGCUAGCACAACUAAAGAUUCCGAAGGAUCUGCACGGCUUAAGAAGGUUAAAGUUUUUAUAGGUCCCAAGCAGAUCGCUAGGAGAUGGAAGACUGAAAGACGAGGUUCCCCUCCAAAAGGCAAUCUACAAAAACAGAGUUCCCCUCCGAAAGGCAAUCUGGAAGGUCCUCGUCUUUCUCGUUCUCUACCUCAACUUAACACUGGGUGCACCUCUAUCACACGUUGUUCAGAGAGUGCUAUAGCAUUUUCACAGAGGCAGAUGCAUGACAUGGAAUCUCUAGCAUUGAAGCUUAUGUCUGAAUUGAAGUCCAUGAAGGAUAUGGUAGAAGAAAAAUUGCUCUUUGAAUCAUAUCGCACCAGUUCUUUGAAGAAUGAUGCUGAUGAGGUGAAGAUUGCCAUAAAAAGUGCAACAAAAGUCGAAGAGACAACACGAAAGUGGUUGUCAAUGAUGACUAGGGACUGCACCAGAUUCUGUAAAAUCAUGAAAUUGAGUCAAAAUGGUGCUGCUGUUUCCAAGAAUACAGUCCACAGGGAGGGAAGGAAAAUUUCUUUUGCUGAUGAAGCUGGUGGUAUGCUCUGUCAUGUCAGCUAUUUUGAGGAUCCAGAGCUAACUCUGGAAUCUGAUAGCGACAAACAAGAAGACCUGAUUCUAUGAGAAGUUUUGUUAGCCUCUUAGUAACAAUCAACGGACUUUUCUCUUACUUCACAUAGCUUUUUGUUUCCGUGAUUACUGGAAGUUCUCUAAAAGUAUGAAAACCAGGAACACUUUGUACCAUUUAUAUGGGUGUGCUUAGAUUCUUGCGACCCAUCAGCCUACUUUACCAAAGAGGUGGCAGCAGUGGAACUACCUCAGCCCAGACCUACUUUAACAGCCCACAAGGCUUUGCCCAGAUUAAUAUGAAGCUCAAGUGAAAUCAAGGAAAGUGAUAUAUUUCUCGAUGAUUCCCCUAGAUCAACAUCUGAGGCCUCUACGUGCAGCCAGCUUUUGCAGGAUUUUUCAAUAUUCCUGCUCUACAAAUGGAUUAUGGUGUAUCUUGCUGGUUGAUUGUGUCCAAUAAUGUAACAUGAAAUAUUAUUGUCCAUUGUGCAGAACCUAAUACAUUUUAAUAUUGAUUCUGCUUCGUGCUUCAGAUCAAA